AUGCGCGUCCCUUACGCCCCAAACGAGCCCCCAAAUGAAGAAGCUCGCCCCAUCUACGAGCGCAUCGCCGAGCGACGAAAGCCCCGCCCCCUCAUCCCUCUCGACCUCGCCCUCCUACACAACCCCGCCGUAGCGGACGGCUGGAACUCGUUCAUCGGCGCGAUACGCACCAAGACCAGCUUACCUGCCAAUCUCAAGGAACUGGCCAUAAGCCGUAUUGCCGUGCUGAACCAUGCAGUUCAUGAGUGGGAUGUACAUGCCGCUCUAGCCUUGAAAGCUGGCGUGUCCAAACAAGUACUACAGACUGUAUUUGAUUUACCUGUCACAAGACAUGGGGAAGUGGAGAAGGAAGGUCUGUUAGGAUUCAGCAAGGAGGAGUACGCGGUCAUGGUUUACACGGAUCAGAUGACUGUGGGUGUGCAAGUGGAAGAUGGGGUUGCGGAGAUGGUCAAGUCGGUGCUGGAGGAUACCAUGGUUGUCGAGUUGACAGCGACGGUUGCAGCGUAUAAUGCCCAUCCAAAAGCCUUCACACCACCCACGCAAUCCGACCUCGACGAACUCCGCGAUUCAGUCCGUGACUUUGCCCAGCGAGAGAUCCCCGAAGAAGUCGCCGCGCGUACCGACAAGCAGAAUGAAUUCCCCAACGACAUGUGGCAGAAGUUUGGCGAGGCCGGCUUCCUGGGCAUAACAGCCGACGAGGAGUUUGGCGGACUGGCCAUGGGAUACCAAGCACACUGCGUCGUCAUGGAGGAGUUGUCACGGGCGAGCGGCAGCAUAGGACUGAGUUAUGCGGCGCACAGCCAGUUGUGUGUCAACCAGUUGAUGCUGAACGGGAAUGCGGAGCAGAAGAAGAAAUACUUGCCAGCCUUGAUCAGUGGAGAGAACAUCGGAGGAUUGGCUAUGAGUGAGCACAGCGCGGGGAGUGAUGUAGUCAGCAUGAAGACGACGGCCAAGGAGGUGGAUGGUGGCUAUCUGCUCAAUGGAACCAAGAUGUGGAUCACGAAUGGCCCAGACGCGCACGUAAUAGUCGUAUACGCCAAGACUGAACCCAACGCCGCUUCCAAAGGCAUCACAGCCUUCAUCGUCGAGACCUCCACAAAGGGUUUCAGCGUCGCCAACAAACUAGACAAACUCGGCAUGCGCGGCUCCAACACAGGCGAACUGGUCUUUGAAGACGUCUUCGUCCCCAAGGAGAACGUCCUUGGCGAGAUAAACCGCGGCGUCCGCGUCCUGAUGGAGGGCUUAGAUCUCGAGCGCCUUGUCCUCUCCGCAGGACCACUCGGCCUCAUGCAAGCCUCGCUCGACAACGUCCUGCCCUACACACACCAAAGAAAGCAGUUUGGCACACCAAUUGCACACAACCAGCUUGUACAGGGCAAGUUGGCGGAUAUGUACACAAAGUACCGCGCUAGUCAGGCCUUCACAUACAGCGUGGCACGCGCCGUCGAUGAGUCGCAUGCCAGCCCUGAUAUCAAGACACAGGACUGUGCGGGAGCGAUUCUAUAUGCCGCAGAAAGGGCAAGCGAGGUUGCGGCUGAUGCGGUCCAACUGAUGGGCGGUAUGGGAUACAUGAAUGAAGUUCCUGUAGGAAGGAUACUCAGGGACGCCAAGUUGUACGAGAUUGGUGCUGGAACAAGUGAAGUGAGGAGAAUGGUCAUCGGACGAGCGUUCAACAAGGAGUGGAAGCAAGAGAUAUGA